AUGAAAGGCUUCCUUAGCCUCACACUGCUCCCGUUGCUGGCAUCGGCCUCACCUAUGGUGGUGGGCUCCAUCCACAAUGAGGCCGCUCCUAUCCUCUCAUCGAUGAACUCACAAGAAAUCCCUGACUCCUAUAUCGUGGUAUUCAAGAAGCACAUCGAUCAGAGCUCCGCCUCAGACCACCACAGCUGGGUGCAGGACAUCCACACCGCCCAGAACGGUCGGAUGGAGCUGAAGAAGCGUUCGCUGUUCGGUUUCGACUUUGAGGCCUUCACGGGUGUCAAGCACACUUUCCACGUCGGUGGACAACUCAUGGGAUAUGCUGGUCACUUCCACGAGGAUGUCAUCGAGCAGGUCCGCCGUCAUCCUGAUGUCGAGUACAUUGAGAAGGACUCUGAGGUCCGCACCAUGAGCGAGGGUACCGUUGAGAAGAACGCCCCCUGGGGUCUUGCCCGUAUCUCUCACCGUGACACCCUCUCCUUCGGUAACUUCAACAAGUACCUCUACGCUGAAGAGGGUGGUGAGGGUGUUGAUGCCUACGUGAUUGAUACCGGUACCAACACCGAGCACGUUGACUUCGAGGGUCGUGCCAGUUGGGGCCAGACCAUCCCCCAGGGUGAUGCCGAUGAGGAUGGAAACGGUCACGGAACUCACUGCUCUGGUACCAUUGCCGGCAAGAAGUACGGUGUUGCCAAGAAGGCCAACGUCUACGCUGUCAAGGUCCUCCGCUCCAACGGCUCCGGCACCAUGUCUGAUGUCGUCAAGGGUGUUGAGUGGGCUGCCGAGGCUCACAUCAAGAAGGCCAAGAAGGGUGACAAGAAGUUCAAGGGUAGCGUUGCCAACAUGUCUCUUGGCGGCGGUAGCUCUCGUACUCUCGAUCUCGCUGUCAACGCCGCCGUUGACGCCGGACUUCACUUCGCUGUCGCUGCUGGUAACGACAACGCUGAUGCUUGCAACUACUCCCCCGCUGCUGCCGAGAAGGCCGUCACUGUUGGCGCCUCUACUCUCGCUGAUGAGCGUGCCUACUUCUCCAACUACGGAAAGUGCACUGACAUCUUCGCUCCCGGUCUGAACAUUCUGUCCACCUGGACCGGCAGCAAGUACGCCACCAACACCAUCUCCGGAACCUCCAUGGCUUCCCCCACAUUGCCGGACUCUGCCUUUGCCGUUGCUGAGGUCACCCCCAAGCAGCUCAAGGCCGCCAUCAUCGCCAUCGCUACCGAGGGUACCCUUACUGACAUUCCCUCCGACACCCCCAACCUCCUCGCCUGGAACGGUGGUGGUUCCUCCAACUACUCCGACAUCGUCGCCGGCGGUGGCUACAAGGUCGGCAGCAGCGUCGAGGACGCUGUCAAGGACCGCGUCGGCAGCAUCAUUGAGGAUGCCGAGAAGGCCUUCCACAAGGAGCUCGGUGCCAUCUACAGCGAGAUCAAGGAUGCUGUUUCCGCAUAG